AUGUCUUCUUCGGGAUAUGUGGCUGUUCCUCGCUGCUCCGUGAUCUUUGAUGGCACCAACUAUGCUGAGUUUGUUGGCUUCAUGCGUAUCCAUAUGCGCGGCCUUCUGCUGUGGGGCGUGCUCUCUGGCGAGGUACCCUGUCCGCCCUGCCCUGUUGCUCCGGUGGCUCCUGUUCCGCCGGUUCCGCCGGUGCUUGCUGCUGAUGCUUCUCAGGCUGAUCGGGAUGCAGCCAAGGCUCUUGAUGAUGCUGCAGUUGAUGCGUAUGAUCAGCAGGUAUCCGCAUACUCUGAUGCUCUUUCUGUCUACCGGGAUGAUCUGUCUGCUUACACGUGGUGUAAUGAUGAUGCUCGUGCUGCUGCUGUUCUCACUGCGAGUGUCCUCCCUCAGUUUGCUUCGGAGUUCAUGGGCCUCGGCACUGUUGCAGCGAUGUGGUCCUACCUUUGUCAGCGCUAUCAGCCCUCUGGUGAUGCUCUAUACCUUUCUGUGGUGCGUCAGGAGCAUGCUCUCCAGCAGGGUGACUCGUCUGUUGAUGAGUUCUAUUCACAGUGCUCUGCCAUCUGGCGUCAGCUUGACUCACUACGGACAGUUGUUUGUGGCACUUGCCGUUGCUGUCAGACUACGCGGUCUGACUUGGAGUUUCAGAGGGUUCAUGAGUUCUUAUCUCGUCUCCGCUUCUUGAGCCCCGACGUGCUCACUUGCUAG